ACCACCUUAGCACAAGCAAAAAGCCUCCCUUCCUCCUCCUUUCCCCCUUCCCCCUCCCGUGCCAGAUGAAUUUUGUAUGUUUUCUAGGGCUCUGAAUGCAUUACUGUCUUGAGCAAGGACGCAGAAGGAGCUUGGUACAGGCUGUGCCCUCAGAGACUGCAGGAGCCAACAAUAGCUAGAGCUUUGUUAGGAUGCAAGGCUGGCAUACGGACAGUUCCCCCAGUGAGACUUGAGCAGAGACAGAGUGAGCAAUCUGGCUUCACACAAUCUGAUGUACCAAGAGACACCCGACAGUUUUAUUCAGAGCAUUCCUGCUCCAUUGCCGACCAGCGACUGCAAGAAAAGCCAUUUUAGAGCUUCAUUUACAUUGUUUGCAAGUGCCAGAAAGCUCAGCUUGUCGCAGUUUCACACAGACAGCUUGUCCGACUGCAGAAUUCACAAAGAGAAACCCGUCGAGAAAAGGACCAGCACUACACAAAUUAUUGAGGUCCAGAAAACAUUGCUUGAUGCAUUGUUGGAACAAAGUAAAUUCAGGUCCAGAGCAAUGAAAACCCGACUGGGCUGCUUAUCCCAGAAAUCCGACUCCUAUAGCGAUUUCAGCACAUUUCUCCCCAAUAAGCUCGAGAAGCCAAUUAGGUGCAUGAAGCUGUCCACGGAGGAAGUUGUGCAAUGGACCGAAUCAUUCAGUAUACUUCUGGCUAACAAGUGUGGUCUGGCAGCUUUCAGAGCAUUCCUCCGCUCCGAAUACAGUGAGGAGAACAUUGAAUUCUGGCUGGCCUGUGAGGACUACAAGAAAACCAAGUCACCUACAAAACUGGCUUCAAAGGCAAAGAAGAUUUACUCAGAAUUUAUAGAUGUCCAAGCUUCAAAAGAAGUAAACCUCGACUUUCAAACACGGGAGUUGACUAGGAAAGGCCUGCUGGAGCCAGCCCACACCUGCUUUAACGAUGCACAAAAGAGAAUCUACAGCCUGAUGGAAAGGGACUCUUAUCCCAGGUUCUUGAGGUCAAAGAUUUACUUGGAUGUGCUAAACCAGACACAGAGCAACAGCCAGACACAAAGGAGGUUCAGCUAAGAAAGGCUACACUGUAUACGCAGAGUUCUCAUACUGCAUUGUCUGCACCAUACCAGUCAUGAAUUUUACUCUGCUGUUAUAAAUCAUUGUCGCAGUGAAAGUGGGAUCGAUGGACAACCUUCCUCAUUUUGCUCCCUUGUUCUUGGUUUCCAACCAUUACAUGGAAUGCAGUUUCAUUUGGCAGCAAGUCUUUACCCAAAUGGACUUAUCCCAGUGCCAUUCUCCUGUGCCCCAACUUACCUUUGCUGUAAAAUUAUUUCAUGAUAUUUCUGUUUUUUAACCAUCCAAGGGCAUGUCGAAACAGCUUUUCCUACCCUUAUAUCUUUGAGCUGUAAAAGCGCUAGAAGAUCAAAUGUACAACGUUUUAGUGCAUAUGUAUUUAAAGUGUUCGAAGUUAAAAUAGUUGUUUUAAAUCAAGUGUUUGUGACACAAUGGACAUUAGUUGAUUGAACGCUGCGUAUGUGAGAAAGAUACAUUUUAUUAGGUGCAUACCCAUUUGUAUAUUUAUCAUCCCCACCCACUACAGUCUGUGUGUAUUUAUUAAAUGAGAUAUUGAAUAAAAUGUGAUUGUGAGGAA